UGUGGCGGCAGCACUGUCUCGCGCGCUAAACGGACGCAACACGCAAUCUUUCUUUCCCCUUUUUUCCGGGAAAAUUCGCGCAAAAGGAGUUCUAUGAGUGUAUCACCUUUUUCCUCACAUCUUUUAACAUUCCACCACGCAAGUUAUAAUAUUGUUGGGUACUUUUGUCCAAAGCUAUGCCAACAGUUCCGUUUAGGGUUUUUACCAGACUGGAUGUUAAAUGAUUAAAACUCUUUAUUAAUUAACUUGUAAAGUUAAUUAAUUAUAAACAAAAUCCCUAAAGGAAUUACUUCCGUGGGAAAAACUCGACAAAAAAAAAGAAUCAGUGACUUUAAUUCAUCUCUUCAAAUCAAAACGAAAAGUGAUAAUGUGAUUGCUACAAAAGAAAAGUGAUGAAGAAAUUUAAAUAUUGCGUGAUUUAUACUCUCCAAUUAGUGAUACCUUUAGAAAUUUCACCUUUUCGUGUAAUCAGCAAUUGACAGAGAAAAGUGUUUGUGUGUUAGGUGACAAUUUUCAACAUCUUCUCGGAGACAUUUUCUCAUAAAGUGGAAUUUUUCCUUCCAUCCCGCGAGAGGUGCUAUCAACAACCAGCGAAUAAAUUGAUUCAGGCACUCCCGUGGACAUCGCAGCACGAAGAUAUGAUGGACAGAAUACCAUCUCUGUCUCUGCCUGGGCUGUCCCUGCCACAUCCCCUGUCAAUUCCCACAACACAGACCAUCGCCAAUCACUCGUCACAUCCCCUGAACACCCUCAAUUUGCACACCGCACAGAAUCUUCAUGCCACCUCGACAGCCUCCCUGCAUCACCAUCAGACCCAAACACAGACAGCUGGAAAUCUGCAUCAGAACAUCGGAGGUAUGAUGAACAACUCCGGAAGCACAAAUUUCUUCUGCAGUCUUAUGGGUCAGAACACUACUAAACGUGCCACGGAGGAACAUAUAAAGCGUCCCAUGAAUGCCUUUAUGGUAUGGUCACGUCUACAGCGUCGUAAGAUAGCCCAGGAUAAUCCCAAGAUGCACAACUCAGAGAUCUCUAAAAGACUUGGUGCCGAAUGGAAAUUGCUGAGUGAAGAUGAGAAACGUCCAUUCAUCGAUGAAGCCAAACGUUUACGGGCAAUGCACAUGAAGGAGCAUCCCGAUUACAAAUACCGACCAAGAAGAAAGCCAAAAGCUCUCAGACGCGACGGUUAUCCAUAUCCAAUGCCAUAUCCUUCAGUUCCUGUGGAAGCUCUACGAGCAGGCAUAACUCCAGGAUAUUUUGCUCCAGGGCCACCUUAUCAUCUGGGAAGUCAUCUCUCACAGACAAGUCCUCCGACGACUCAGGCAUCCCUGCCAACUCAAAUGGAUGUGUCAAAGUUUGCCCUGGACAGGAGUGCAUACUUAGGCUCAGCUGCUAGUUCCCUGUAUGACACAUCGAAGGCACCAACUAGUGCAUAUAGUGCAUACCUCGAUCCGUCCGUUCUCACAAAGGCAUACUUCGACUCCAAGAUGUACCAGGACCGGGCAGCUAACUACGCAUUUGACAUCAGCAAAAUCUACGGCCAGCAACAGCAACAACUUCAGCAGCCAACAAAUGGCAUGACAUCGAACAACAAUAAUCUUGAGGAACGAGAACCUACUCCUCAAUUGGGUGAUAUGGGUGACAAAGCUCAAUUGACCAGUGGACAAGAUAGCCAGUUGGAGACUUCAGGUGGAAACGCCUAUCCCUCUGGUGGAUACCAAUAUCCACCGGGGGGUGACUUUCGGAGGCCACUGACUGUGAUUUUCUGACCGGACAAAGAAUAAAUGGGGCAUUAUUGCGAAUAAUACCUUAGCCCUUAUACUUAACCCACUUUCAUAGUCUUACAGUUUUUUUUUCCUUUCACACAAAAUGUAAAUAUACAUAAAAUAAAGUAGUCGAAAUUAGCGUUAAAUUAAUUACACACACCUUAACGAUAGUCUAACUUUUCUGUAUUUAAAAUUAAAAAAAAUAUAUUAUUAAAAAGAAAAGAAAUAGAAUGUAUAACUAAUCAGGCAAAAGGAUAAUUGGAUAAACCUUAUUGUAAAAUUAUGCAAAUUGAUGUAAUUUUGUCGUUGAUAGACUACAAAAGAGAAAAAGAUAAAAAAACAAGAAAAAUCUAAUUAAAAUUAAACUAUAUGGAGUGUAAAUUAUUGAGAAAAAUAAACAAAUCUAUCAAGUGGAAAAUUA